CCUCUUUCUCUCUCUCCAUCUUUAGUUGUGGGUGGGUGGUGGAUAGAUGGGUUCAUGAGUUGUAGAAAAUUUAGCUAAUUUUUAUUUUUAGAUCUACGCUGUGUAAUGGAAGUUAUACUGUGGGUCCUGAUUUCUUUAGCUACGCUGGGAGAUUUUGUUGUAUCGAUGGGUCAUCCUAAUGCUGCUUGAUUGUUUGUUUAUGUGGAAAUUGUUAACAAGUAUGGAUUUCGGUUUAUUUUAGCUGCUGGGUUUCUCUGAAAGCUCGAAAUAGUCCUCAGUUUGCAUAAAAUUUUCUGGGUUCUUCUCACAGUGUUCUUUGGUUGAAGAUUUGCAAGUAGCGUUUUCGUCUGCCUUUCUUCUUAGAGUAUUUAGACCUCUGAGCUUGAUUGUGUAAACUGGGACAUAAAGGAAACAAAGGACUUCUCUGCAUAUUCAAAUAGCCAGGAGUUUUGUCAUUCUCCACAAUGGUUUCAAGAUCAUAUUCCAACCUUUUGGACCUUGUCUCUGGUGAUUCUCCAUCCUUUGGUCGAGUAGGAAAGAGGCUUCCUAGAGUGAUGACUGUGGCUGGGAUCAUGUCUGAAUUAGAUGAUGACAAUAGCAACAGUGUCAGCUCGGAUGUGCCAUCUUCUGUGUCUCAGGAGAGGAUGAUUAUUGUGGGAAACCAGCUUCCACUCCGGGUACACCGAAGAUCUGAUGGUGAUGGUGAUGGUGAUGGAGGAUUGAAUUUCAGCUGGGAUGAGGAUUCCCUCCUUCUGCAAUUAAAGGAUGGCCUUGGAGAAGAUGUUGAAGUCAUCUACAUCGGUUGUUUGAGAGAGGAAAUUGAUCCAAGUGAACAGGAUGAUGUUGCACAGACACUACUUGAGACCUUUAAGUGUGUCCCUGCAUUUAUUCCUCCAGAUCUCUUCAGUAAAUUCUAUCAUGGUUUUUGUAAACAGCAACUAUGGCCUCUGUUUCAUUACAUGCUUCCUCUCUCUCCAGAUCUUGGUGGGCGUUUUGAUAGAUCUCUCUGGCAAGCUUAUGUUUCUGUCAACAAGAUUUUUGCAGACAAGGUGAUGGAAGUGAUAAGUCCUGAUGAUGAUUUUGUGUGGGUGCACGACUACCAUUUGAUGGUGUUGCCAACCUUUUUGCGGAAAAGGUUUAAUAGGGUAAAGCUUGGGUUCUUCCUCCAUAGUCCCUUUCCAUCAUCUGAGAUAUACCGGACACUUCCUGUAAGAGAUGAGCUUCUCCGAGCACUCCUAAACUCUGACUUAAUUGGUUUUCAUACAUUUGAUUAUGCCAGGCACUUCCUUUCAUGCUGUAGUAGAAUGCUAGGCCUUGCUUAUCAGUCUAAACGGGGCUACAUUGGGCUUGAAUACUUUGGUCGCACUGUCAGCAUUAAAAUUCUUCCUGUUGGGAUUCAUAUGGGCCAGCUUCAAUCUGUUAUGAACCUUCCAGAGACUGAAGCUAAGGUUGCAGCAUUACAGGAACAGUUUAGGGGUAAAAUGGUGUUGCUUGGUGUGGAUGACAUGGACAUCUUCAAAGGGAUCAGCUUGAAACUGUUGGCUAUGGAACAGUUGCUUAUACAGCAUCCUGAUUGGAGGGGGAAGGUUGUGUUGGUUCAAAUUGCAAACCCUGCCAGAGGCCGAGGGAAGGAUGUUCAGGAGGUUCAGUCUGAGACUUAUUCCACAGCAAAAAGGAUCAAUGAAACAUUUGGGAGGCCGGGCUACAAACCUGUAAUUUUGAUUGAUGCCCCACUUCAGUUCUAUGAGAGAAUUGCCUAUUACAUGAUCGCUGAGUGUUGUCUUGUUACAGCAGUAAGAGAUGGAAUGAAUCUCAUACCCUAUGAAUACAUUAUAACCCGUCAAGGGAAUAAAAAAUUAGAUGAAACCUUGCAAUUGGAUUCAUCGUCUCCAAAGAAGAGCAUGCUAGUGGUGUCAGAGUUCAUUGGAUGCUCACCAUCACUCAGUGGGGCCAUCCGUGUGAACCCAUGGAACAUCGACGCUGUGGCUGAAGCUAUGGACUCUGCCUUAGUCACUCCUGAACCUGAGAAGCAAUUACGGCAUGAGAAGCACUAUAGGUAUGUAAGUACACAUGAUGUUGGGUACUGGGCACAGAGCUUUUUGCAGGAUCUCCAAAGGGCAUGUAUGGAGCAUCUCAGGAGGAGGUGCUGGGGCAUUGGUUUUGGUUUAGGGUUUAGAGUAAUUGCUCUUGACCAUAGUUUCAGGAAGCUUUCAGUUGAGCAUAUAGUUUCUGCUUACAAGAGAACCAAGAAUCGGGCAAUUCUCCUAGAUUAUGAUGGUACCAUGAUGCCACAGACAUCAAUCAACAAAACCCCAAAUCCUGAGUCAGUCAAUAUCUUGAACAGCUUGUGCAGAGACCCCAAGAAUGUAGUUUUCCUAGUUAGUGGAAGAGACAAAAAAACUCUUACUGAUUGGUUUUCUCCUUGUGAAAAGCUCGGACUUGCAGCAGAGCAUGGCUACUUUAUGAGGCCAAAUCAUGAUGGAGAGUGGGAAACUUGUGUCUCUGUGGCAGAUUUUGACUGGAAGCAGGUAGCAGAGCCUGUGAUGAAGCUUUACACUGAGACAACUGAUGGUUCUACAAUAGAAAGCAAAGAGAGUGCACUGGUUUGGCACUACCAGUAUGCGGAUCCAGAUUUUGGGUCAUGCCAGGCUAAAGAACUUCUUGAUCACCUAGAAGGUGUUCUUGCCAAUGAGCCAGUCUCUGUGAAGAGUGGCCAACACAUUGUUGAAGUUAAGCCUCAGGGUGUCAGUAAGGGUGUUGUAGCUGAACGCCUCUUGGCAACAAUGCAACAGAAGGGAAUGCUUCCUGAUUUUAUACUGUGCAUUGGUGAUGAUCGAUCAGAUGAAGACAUGUUUGAGGUGAUUACUAGUGCCAUGGCGGGCCCUUCUCUCUCUCCAGUGGCUGAAGUGUUUGCCUGCACUGUUGGUCAGAAACCGAGUAAGGCUAAGUAUUAUUUAGAAGAUACAACUGAGAUAGUAAGAAUGUUGCAAGGCCUUGCUGCUGCUUCAGAUCAGGCAGCAAAGAGUAAUUCUCAACUUUUUCAAUAAGUUAUGAUUGAUUGAAGACCGAUCCCGAGCUCUGAUUUGAAGGUUUUAUUGUUCUUCCUUCAAUUUUAGCAAUGCUUUCUCAAGCGAAUCUGGUGUAGGUUGAGGUGGAAGCCCCAGAUCAGCUGAGAGGAGCUCUUAGCCCUGAGGUCUGGGUCGUGGGUUUGGUUCCUAUUUGCCAUCAGAAUAUAGUUCUACCUCACUGUUGUUGCAUUUGUAUAAUCUGUAUUGUUUAUAGACAAUUAGCAUUCAAUUUCUUCUUCGUGGUUCAGUACUGCAGUGUAUAUAUUUUCUUUUCCAUAUCCACUGAUGACUGGUAUGUGUCAGUGGAAUAUUCAUUAGGCAUUGGGGAGUCAGGUUAGUCAUAUAAUCUACAGCUAGGAGUUUCUGAAAUUUAUAAUGCAUUAGGGAGCCAGGUAUCUGAAUUUUUACUUCA